GACGAUCCGAACGUGGCUGGCCAGCAUUGUCGGGGUUUGCAUUGCUAUUGCAUCGGCAAUGGACGACACGAUUGCAGGAUCAGUGAGCUCGUCUUGGUGCCCAUCAAGCUAAACGCCAAUAUUCGAGGAUCAACGAAGAAGGAGGCGACGUUCAAGGGACCGUUCCAUUCCAGAAGUUGGAGUUUGUCGUGAAUAGCUUCUAAGGGCAUCGAAAGCCGUCUGACAGUCGGAUUGACAGGGAGCUUCAGUGUGCCAGAAACAUCAGAUCUCAGCAACCAGCAACCAGCAUUAGAUGCAAGGCUUUCCCUUUCAGUGUACACCCAGCCAUGGCACAAUUUUCACCUCCGGACACCUCUUCUCUUGAUCGUGUUGCUUAUCUUGUUGGAUAUCCUAUUGCCCAUUCAAAAUCGCCCUCAUUACAUCAUGCCAUCUACUCCGCCGUUGGACAGAGAUGGGGCCAAAUGCUCUGCGAAACGACCGACCUCGAAUGUUUCUUGAGGUACCUCAAGAGUGACCCAAAAUGCAUGGGAAGCGGGGUGACCAUGCCGUUCAAAGUUGCUGUCAUCCCCUAUCUCGACGAACUCACAGAUGAAGGGAAAGCGAUCGGGGCAGUCAACACAAUUGUAUUCAAGACCGGCCCAGGUGGAUCAAGGAUAUAUUGUGGCACAAAUACUGACUGUCUGGGGAUCCGGGAUGCCUUUCUCACAAAUGUCGAAGGCUCUCCCUACCGAGGGAAGCCUGGUCUCGUCGUUGGAGGCGGUGGCACUUGCAGAGCAGCUUUGUAUGCACUACAGCAAUUCAUGGGCUGUUCGCCGAUAUACAUAAUCAACCGUGAUGCUGGUGAGGUCGAGGCUGUGCUUCAAGAAUGUCAAGCUCGAGGAGUCGGAGAUAACCUGAUAUACGUAUCCACGACGGACCAAGCCAAAUCACUGCCAUCACCAGCAGCAGUAGUCAGCGCAGUCCCGGACUUCACCCCUGUGACAGAGACAGAGAAAAUUGUCAGAGAGAUCCUCUCCAUAUUAUUGAACGGAGGCGAGAAGGGUGCUUUGUUGGAGAUGUGUUAUCAUCCCUCUCCUGAUACUGAAAUAUCCAGACUAGCUCAAAAAGCGGGUUGGCAGGUGGUCGGCGGUAUUGAAGCCAUGAUAGGACAGGGACUUGCGCAAGCAAGUCUGUGGACUGGCAUUGAAAUCGACGACAGGCUGCGUGAUGUGGCCCGAAAGGCGGUGCAGAGACAGAUGACCAACGCAGACUGA